CGACAAGGAAACGCGUGCGACGCAGUUCCUGGAGAUUUUCAACACACGUGUGUGCUGUGCGUGAGGAGACUGGAUGGACUGCGUUAACGCGAAUUAACGCGUAGUUACUGUUAUUUAUCUGCGGUAUUAAGUACCUCAGCACUCCACCUAGCCCACUAGAUAACACGCCGCUGGCUUAGUCUUUGUCCUCCUCACAGCGCUCGCUGCCUUAUUGCCGGCGUGCUUGGCUAAGCGGUAGCUAACCUCAGCCAGGGGGUCUGGACAGCUUGUGCGGACAAAAUGUUGUCGGAUUUUGAUCUCAUCGGAACCAUUGAGGACGACACAGAUGUACAUGUGGAGAGCGAGUCGGGCUCCGACGGCGAAGAGGAGCAGCCCAUAGUCCUGAAUAAGGAGAGAAGGGCAUUGAAAGGACGAGGCAACGGAGUCUUCAGUUUUGACUUUGAGUUUGGAGAGAGCGAAGGACUGUACAGCGAAGAUUGGGCCAUGGCAUCUGUUAUGGCCCAGCUCAAAAAGAGAAAAGCACCCACCACGCUGGAUGAGAAGAUCGAGAAAGUGCGUAAAAAGCGCAAAAUAGAGGAGAAAGCUCACAAGGAGGGCAAGAAAAGUGAUGCUCAAGUUACCAAGGAAGAGGAAGAUGGUGAAGAGGAUGAGGAUGAUGAAGAUGGUGACAAUGAAGAUAAUGGUCAUAAAGAAGAGGAUGGUAAUGAGAGUGACAAUGGAGAUGAUGAAGAAGAUGAGUUUUCUUCAGGGGAUGAAGAAGUCCUCAAAAAAGCUGAUACGCUAAGGGAGAAAGGCAAGAAGGGCAAAAAGAAGGUUGCAGAAGAUCCUGAAGCCUUCUUUGAAGAUGCCUCACAGUAUGACGAGAACCUCACAUUCCAGGACAUGAAUCUUUCCAGACCUCUGCUGAAGGCUAUAACUACUAUGGGUUUUAAGCAGCCCACACCAAUCCAGAAGGCCUGUGUGCCUGUGGGUUUGCUAGGGAAGGACAUCUGUGCCUGUGCUGCUACUGGAACCGGUAAGACUGCUGCCUUCAUGUUACCUGUACUGGAGCGUCUCCUCUAUAAGCCGAGGGAGACACAAGUGACCCGCGUGCUGGUGCUAGUGCCCACCAGAGAGCUGGGCAUUCAGGUGCACUCUGUGGCUCGCCACCUCAGCCAAUUCACCAACAUCACCACCUGCCUGGCUGUGGGUGGCUUAGACUUGAAGUCACAGGAAGCAGCCUUGAGGGCAGGUCCUGACAUUCUGAUUGCAACACCUGGUCGUUUGAUUGACCACUUGCACAACACUCCAUCUUUUGAACUGAGCCAGAUUGAAGUCCUUAUUCUGGAUGAGGCUGACAGGAUGUUGGAUGAGUACUUUGAAGAGCAGAUGAAGGAGAUUAUCCGUCUCUGCUCCUAUCAGAGACAAACUAUGCUUUUCUCUGCUACCAUGAGUGAAGAGGUGAAAGACCUGGCCUCAGUGUCACUAAAGCAGCCAGUGAGGAUAUUUGUGAACAGUAAUACGGAUGUUGCUCCGUACCUCAGACAGGAGUUUGUGAGGAUUCGGCCGGCCAGGGAAGGAGACAGAGAGGCUAUUGUGGCAGCGCUCCUCACUCGGACCUUUCAGGAUCAUGUGAUGCUGUUCACUCAGACCAAGAAGCAGGCCCACCGCAUGCACAUCCUCCUCGGCCUCAUAGGGUUAAAGGUCGGUGAACUCCAUGGAAACCUGUCUCAGACGCAGAGAUUGGAGAGUCUCAGGCGGUUUAAAGAUGAACAGAUUGACAUCCUGGUAGCCACAGAUGUAGCAGCCAGAGGUCUGGACAUUGAAGGAGUCAAAACAGUUAUAAACUUCACCAUGCCCAACACGGUUAAGCAUUAUGUGCACAGGGUGGGCCGCACAGCGCGAGCAGGGAAAGUGGGCCGAUCCGUGUCUCUGGUUGGAGAGAGCGAGAGGAAGAUGCUGAAAGAAAUAGUCAAAAAGGCCAAAACACCUGUCAAAGCUCGCGUUUUACCCCAAGAGGUGAUUCUGAAGUUCAGAGAUUUGAUUGAGAAGUUGGAGAAAGAUAUAUAUGCUGUGUUGCGUUUGGAGAAAGAAGAGAAGGAGAUGGUGCGCUCAGAAGCUCAGAUCAACUCAGCCCAGAAAAGGCUAACACAGGAAGCAGAUGAGAAGCAGCCAGCGAGGACCUGGUUCCAGUCCCAUGACGAGAGGAAGAAGGAGCGAAUGAGUAAAGCUCUGCAGGACUUCGACUUGGCCUUAAGGGGAAAGAAGAAGCGUGCCCAGUUCUUGAAAGAAGGCAAGAAGAAAGUGCUGUCGGCUGAGGAAAGAGCUCAGUUUGAGAUGCUGAAGUCUCAGAUGUAUGCUGAGCGAGUUGCAAAGCGUGACCGCAAGCAGAAAAGAGCCAGAGCCGUACCAGAGGACGAUCCCAAAAAGACAGCCUUGAAACAAAAAGGUGGAAAACCUUCAAAGAAGUCUGUGUUUGAUAAGGAGCUCACCAAUGUCAGCAAGAAAGCCCUGAAGCAGUACAGAGCAGGGCCUUCUUUUGAGGACAGGAAAAGACUUGGUCUUGCUCACAAGAAAGGAGGACGCUUUAAAUCCAAAGCCAAAUUUAGGAGGAAGUGAAGUGGAUGUUUUGGUGGAUGGAGCAGAAAAGGCAAUUUGUUCUUGCCUGGUGUCAGCUAUCAGAAACCUUUUAUAGGCCUGAACUGUUACAGAGGGAAUAGCAGUUCUCUCAAUACAGGAACAAAAGCCAGUUUUACCCUCAAAUACAUAAGGAAGCAGUAUGUCAACAAGUAAUUCUUCUGGAUUUCAUUGUAUCUGGACUGCUACAGCAUGUACUCUGAAUAGGCAUCAGUGCUUUGUCAUCUGAUAGGGGGACGUGUGAGGAUGAUGCAGUUGUAUGAGCCCUACAGCAAUUAAAAAAAAAAAAAAUUUAUUAACUGCACAAUUUAACUGUUGACUCACUUGAGUUCAUUAAAUUCAUGUUUUAUCACAUUUUAA